CUGCGCAGUCUACUGUCUUCAAAGAAGGUCCCGACUGCCCCGUCCCUCCCUGCCUGCUUUGGACUUUUGCCGGGCCGAGGGUUGAACCGCCGCGGCGUCCAGCCAGGGGUAAGAAUCGUAAUAAUCAUAAUCACAACACCUCGGAGCUGUAGAGGCGGAGAGAGAUGACGGCCGAGGACAAGGAGAAGCUCAAGCUUUUCGGGGGUCAUAUACAGAAGAUCCUCAACCCCAACUACGUCUUGAGCUACAUGAACACCUGGUUUUCGGAAGCGACGGUGGAGCAUAUUAAGGUCGAAUUCACGAACAGGGGGGUGACCGCUUCUGCAAAAUUGUUUCUCAAGUACCUACUGGAACUAACGGAGGACGGGUGGUUCCGAGGAUUCCUGGAUGCCCUUUAUUAUGCAGAGUACAAUGGACUUUAUGAAGCAAUUGAAAAUUGGAAUUUCCAAAAACUUGAGAGAUUGGAGGAACACAGAGAAUUGCUGAAACGCAUACAGCCAGAGUUCAAAAACAGUGUCAAGCCAAAUGACAUCCUCCCUAAUCUAAAUGAGUGUUUAAAAUCUCAAGAGAUAGACGAGAUUCGACAGGUUCAGCUUCACUACGGGCCAAUGGUUUCUGUAGAGAAAAUAACCGAAUGCCUUCUCAGGUCAGAUAAGGAAAAUUGGCCCAAAAUCUUGAAAACUGCUUUGGAUAUGGGAGAUUGUGAUGUAGUCAGUAAAUUGUGGACCCUCGACCAAGAUGCCAGUGGGAAACAAGAUAUUGAGGUGGAAGGUGAACAGGAUGAGGAAAGUGGAACCUUCUACGUGAGUGGAUCUUAUGAGGAAGAACCUGAAAAACAGAAUUUUAGUGAGACUCUGUUUUCAUCGGCAGGAGUGAUGAAGACAACUUACAGCCCCCAAAAUGCAAGGAGUUAUCAGAUGGAGCUUGCCAAGCCUGCUUUGGUUGGAAAAAAUACAAUAAUAUGUGCUCCUACUGGAUGUGGAAAAACAUUUGUGGCAAUUAUGAUAUGUAAAAAUCAUCUUCAAAAUAUGCCAAAUGGACAGAGAGGAAAAGUUGUCUUCUUGGUUACUAAAGUUCCAGUGUAUGAACAGCAGAAAGCGGUGUUCAUAGAACAGUUUGAAAGGGAAAGUUACACAGUUGCGGGUAUUUCUGGAGAAACAGCCGGCAAUACUCCUGUGGAACAUGUCAUUAAGAACAGUGACAUCAUUGUGCUGACUCCUCAAAUCCUUGUGAACAGCUUGAAAAAUGGAACAGUUCCAUCCCUCUCUAUGUUCACGUUGAUGAUAUUUGACGAGUGUCACAACACAGAUAAAAGCCAUCCAUACAAUAAAAUAAUGAUCAAUUACUUGGAUAACAAACUUGGAACUUCUGCCUGUCAACUGCCUCAGAUUGUUGGAUUGACGGCUUCAGUAGGAGUUGGUGAUGCCAAAAACAAGAAUGAGGCCAUACAGCACAUCUGCAAACUUUGUGCCUGCCUGGAUGCACCCAUCAUAUCGACAGUCAGAGAAAACCUAGAUGAUUUAGAGAAAAUAGUUUUCAAACCACAGAAACUUUUCCGGAAGGUUGAAACUCGCCGUGUCAACCUAUUUAAAGACAUUGUUUCACAGCUGAUGGCAGAGACUGAAAAGCUGGCAAAAAAUGUUCAUAGCAAAACCAGAUGUCUGUUUGAAGUUCAAAAUAGAAGCUUUGGAACCCAAAAAUAUGAACAGUGGAUUGUUAACAUCCAGAAAAUUUGCAAAGUGUUCCAAAUACCCGAUAAAGAGGAAGAAAGAAGGAUUUGUAAAACCCUUUUUAUUUAUACUUCACACUUAAGGAAAUAUAAUGAUGCCCUCAUCAUUCAUGAAGAUGCCCGGACUACAGAUGCCUUGGACUACUUGGAAGACUUUUUCAACCAUGUCAAGAGUGGAGAAGUUGAUAAAAUUGAGCAGUACCUUAUUCAGAGGUUUGAAGAAAAGCAACAGGAGCUGAAAAAUAUUUCCAGGAAUGAACAAAAUGACAAUCCCAAACUGAAAGAGCUCUGCUUCCUACUGGAAGAAGAGUACCACCUAAAUCCAGAGUCACGGACCAUUCUCUUUGUCAAAACUAGAGCUCUAGCAAAUGCCUUGAAGAGAUGGAUAGAAGAAAAUCCUAAACUCGACUAUCUGAAAUCAGAUGUAUUGAUGGGGCGAGGCAAGAGAAAUCAAGCAACAGGUAUGACCCUCCCAUUACAAAAAGAUGUGUUGGAAACUUUUAAAGCCAGCGGAGAGACCAAGGUUCUGAUUGCCACCUCGGUUGCUGAUGAAGGCAUCGACAUUGCCCAGUGCAAUGUGGUCAUCCUGUAUGAAUAUAUCGGCAACGUCAUCAAAAUGAUCCAAACGAGAGGUCGCGGAAGAGCAAAAGACAGCAAAUGCUUCCUUGUGUCUAGUAAGGAAGAAUUAAUUGAAAGAGAGAAGACAAAUAUGAUCCAAGAAGUGAUGAUGAAUGAAUCCAUUUUAGAGAUGCAGAAGUGGGAUGAGGGGGAACUUGUAAAAAGGAUUCACAGCCUGCAAAUUCAAGAAAAGACCAUCCGAGAUAAUAAGACAGAAAUCAUACCUGAGCCAGAGGUGAACAAAUGGAAAUUACUUUGUGGAAAAUGCAAAGUCUUGGCAUGCUAUGCCAAUGAUAUCCGGAUCGUCGAGGAGUCUCAUCACACGGUCAUAGGUGAGACCUUUAAGAAUCGCUUUGUUGCCGAGCCUCACCCAAAGCAAAAACGGUAUGGGAACUUUGAGAAAAUAAUGAAAAUAUAUUGCAAGGAGCGGGAGUGUCAUCAUGACUGGGGAAUCUUUGUGCGAUAUAAGAUCUUUGAAAUGCCAAUCAUAAAAAUUGAAAGUUUUGUAGUGGAAGAUAUUUUUACUGGAGCUCAGCAUGUUUGUUCAAAAUGGAAAACCUUUAACUUUGUGAGGAUUCCAUUUGAUGCAGCAGAAAUAUCCACAUGAUCGCACUUCCUUUAUCUCUCUUGUUCAUUUCAAUAUUGAUACUGCUAGAUCCCAUUCAGUACUAUUUUCUUAGAACCAAUUAAGCAUGCUAACCAAAAUGUAGUUUCCCACAGGAAAGUGCAAUCCAACAUCCAGAUAAACCCAGGAAUGAAAAAGACUCAGCAUAUAUAGUUACGUGAUCAAAUAGCAAUAUAUAUAAAACCGAUUAAGUAUUUUUAAUUAGCUUUUGUGUACAUCUCUGUAUCUUGAAAUGCUUGUGCCAAAUAAAGUGAUACCUACUGAUUA